UUCGACUCAGAAAAUUUGGGUUUGCAGGUGUUAGUCGUUUUUCCUCUCUAAAAAUUACUUUAAUUAGGUAUUAAUAGUUAGUAGAGACCUUAAAUCUUAAAAACCAGUGCAAUGAACGACAACGAAAAAGAAGAGGCUGCAAAUUUGAAAGAGGAGUUUGAAUGGGUUCUUCGUGAGGAAGUUCACGCUAUAUUACAUCAGCUCCAUUCAGUAUUAGUGGAAUGUGCACAUAGAUUUCCUGUUCCGCUGUAUGGAAAUGAGGGGCAAAAACAGGACAAAUUCAUAUUAACAUCUCAACCUGAACAACUGAAAUGUAUUGUUACUCUCACAGGUGAUAGUAUCACACAUGCAGAUAUCAGUUUCAAGGUUUUAAGACAGAUGCACACUAUAUGCCGGACUUCUAUUAACCAAGAUGGUCCUUGGAAACUACAACAGAUCCAGGAUGCAGCCAAUCACCUGCAGCAGGCUAUUGGUUACAUCGACAAUGUUGAUAAACACUAUGUAUUCAGAUCAUCAGAGGAAGUACUGCACAUAAUCAAUGUUUAAAUUGGCUCUCUUCAGAGAGCACGCACUGCUGUGGUACUGCCCAAGAAAAAAACAAUUGAUGAGCUUAUGAAAAGUAGAAAUAUGAAGGCUCUCUCACCGAACCUACCAGAAGACUUAGCGAUAUCAUUUUAUAUACAAUCCCAUAAGCUGAUCUUUGUCGCAUACCAGCUAAGUUCAGUUCAUGGUACUAUGAGAAUUGACUCCUGCCAAGCGGACUGUGCUGUGCCAUGGCUUAGUGACGUUCUAUUCAUGCUAACAGCAGCCUUGCAUAUGUGUCAACAGUUAAAAGAUAAGCUGUGCGUGUUCUCUCAAUAUAAGGAUUUCACAGUUGGAUCCAGAUCUGCCUCUAUGGUGUUAAACUAAUCAUCCAAUUUCCUAGCCUAGCUUAAAUACACUUUGUCAACAUAGUUACGAGUAAUUAGUUACAUAAUUACGUGUUAAUUACAGUCCAUUCUCGUUACGUCCGCAUUAAACAAUGGUGGAGUGUAAAUUGUAAUACAAAGUGUUUCAGAAUAGUUUCAUGCGCGAUGUAAUUUUAGAUUUUUAUAUACUUAAUCUAUUUUCUUUAGCUGGAUUAAAAAGUAAAGAAAUAGCAAUAAAAUGUUCAGAGAAAGCAGUACGAGAAACUCGUAAGCGACGCGAUUUACCCAGUGCUUUAGUCGGUCUAACGUUUCACAUAACAAGUGAAAAUUUAGACAGAGGCAUACGAUACUAUUAAGUUCUCUGUGCUGUAUCGCGGCUUACCUGUGGACAGAGCUCACUAGUACAUACUUAUCGCUAUCCCACUUCGACAACUGAGCGAGUGUGAGACCGAUAGUGCGAUAGCGAUAAGUAGGUAUUUUCUUCAAGUAGCUAUUAAGAGCGCUCGAUCCAUCUUUAAUACAUUCGUGUUCGCAGUAAUAGGGUGUCGCUUACGCAUUUCUGCGUGAAACCACUUGUUUACGUUUUGUCAGCAAAUAAAAAAUAAUAUAGAAAUAUAGAUGUAUUCAAAUAUUUGUUUAAAAAACAUUAACAUAGGUAACGUUGAUUUUAAUUUUCCAAUUAUUUUAUGAUUGUUUACAUAGUUCGAAUAAAGUAAUGAACAAAAUACUCUAAUUUUAGUCUUUCUUUACCUAUCGUUAGUCGUUAGUUGAAUAUAUUUUGUAGAUUUUCCACAUAAGGAAGCGGGUAUUGGUUAGUAGUAAUUUAUGUAACUGGAAACAAUAACAUAGAAAUCUCUGCUUAUUAUUCGUGCCAUUGAAUGACGCAAAACGCAAUGGACGCAAACGGCAUUGGACUGUAUAUCUUACAUAAUAUUUUACUAUUAUAUUUCAAAAAAAAUCUGUUUUAACGAAGGGCAGUGUUUCUAUUUAUAUUUCAGUAGGUAGUACAAAAAUUUUAUAACUAUUUAUCCCUCUCGUAAUCAUUAUUUCACAUCGUAUUUUACUAUUAGAUAAAAGUUAUGAUUGUUUAAAUAUAUAUUAUGGCUAAUUCUGUAGUAGUUACAUAAUCUCUAAACUAAAUGUGUCUAAAUAAAUUGCUAUCCCUUUCUUAAUGCUCCCUAAGGAAAAGGAUAUUUUAGCGUUUAAAUUAUUGUGAGUGUUUUCCAUUAUAAUAUAACUAAAUAGCUAACUCACGUGAUUUAUGGAAGUAAACUCGACUAGUUUCGGACCCCGGACGGGUUCGAAAGGGUUCGUGAGUCUAGUCAUUAAGUUAGUUAUAUUUACAAAGAAUAGGACUAGUUUAGACUUGUUAAUUUAGUUUAGAGAGUGUGUACAACAGAAUUGGUCACAUUAUAUUAUGUAUUAAGCUGAAUUCUCCUAUUGAAUUGUGAAUUGAAAGGGUUUGGUUCAAAGGGAAGGUUAGGGAUACCAGCAAACAGUACGCUACUACGGCGGAAAUGGGUUAGCACGGAAGUUGUAAUUAUCACAUUGAACCCUAAAAACCCUAAAAACAUACGAUAUAUUAGAGGAGAAUUCAUCUUAAUGUUCGAGUGGUAGUUAAUUUAUUUGCUUACAUGAUUUUCCCUAUCUUUAGUAAAGAUACAAAAUAAAUAAAAACUAUGUUGAUAAGUGUAAAAAAAAAACAAACGUGUUUGUUUGUAAAAAGUUAUCGUGUCCAUUGUUGAUAUUCUUGUUGACUUUGUUGUAAUAUUUGUACCAUAAUGUAUAUUAUAGGACCUUAUCGUAUAGGUGAUAAAUGGUGUGGGGUGGUAGCCUAAAUAAAUUACGUAUUAUCAUAUAAGAAAUAAAAAUAAAACUUAUUUAAGCUACCACUACAUUUAGGUAUACUUGUGUAAAACUCCGAUGUAUUUUCGAUACGUAAUGAUAAUGAAUUAGAUUUUGAAUACAAUGUCAGCCUUGAUUGUAUUUGGAACUGUUAUGUUCUGUGCAUGUGUAACUAAAAUGCAUUUUGAAAAGUAAACCAUUAUUUGUUUAUAGUUUAUAUAUGCAUUAAUUUUAUGCUAGUUAGACAAUUAUUUUUGCUGUAUCAAUGUUGCUCAUUUUCUUAUACACAAUGUCUAAACUUAACUAAAUUGACAGGUCUAAAUCUAGUACUAUCUCUUUCAUAACGCUUCCUGUGGAAAAGGAUAGCACUAGAUUAAGAAAACUUAAGACACUGUUAAAACGAGACAGUGUUACACCACUGGCAUAAAUCUGUCUUGUUUUAACUGAAACUUAAGUGUAAGCAAAGUUAAGGUGCACUCUAUAGAUUUCAACCUUAGACCUGUCAACUUAGUUUAGGAAUUUGUGUACCACUGAAUAAGCACCAUUGAACUUUUGAACUUUGAAUAGGUAUGCAUUUUAUUAAAUAUCAAAGAUCUGAAUAUAUUGUAUAUUGAGCUACGUUUAUACUUAGUUGGCAACUCAUUUCACGUAUACUAUACGUACAUAUAACGUACCGCGAAUCUGACUAUAUUAUAUUACCAAAUACAUAAUAUUAUGUGCUUUAAGACUUAUAUGAAUAAUCUUAUUCAGUCUUCUUUGGUGCUUGUUGUCACAAAAUAUUGUUAUGUACUUCAGAUAAGUAUGUAUCCAAACUGUAUGCAAACUGUAUAUUCGUACGUAUAUUUACAAUAUAUUAUAAAAUGUAAAUACACCAUUUUAGUGCUAAUUUCGUAUUAAAGUUUGAUAUAUUUUAUGCUGCAGCUCAGACGCAGCUAUUGUUUCGUGUCGAAAGUAUUUUUUUUUCAUUGUUGCUUCAAUAUAAAAAGUUAUAAUCUCUGACAAUGUAUGUUGAUAUGUCAGAAUUGACAAAUUAAAAAUUGUAGUCCAGUAAACACAUUUUGAUACUUGUAUUUUUAUCAAGUCCUUCUUCUGGAGUGAGCGUAGAUUAAUAUAUUCAAAAUCUUAAAUAUAUAAAUAUUUGCUAUAUUCUUCAAAACGGUUGAAACAAAUGGUUGAAAUUGAUUAAGUAUAUUAAAAUCGACAGCUAAGUAGCAGCAGUUUUCUUGGGGAAAUUAUAUUUUUAUGCAAGAGAAUGAAAAUUGAAAUCAUUUAAUAAACAGAUUUUUUUAUUUGACUUAACCCCUUUCGCCCUUGUCAUUUUAUAAAUAUUUUAUUUAUGUUAGAUAUCCUUCCAAUCAUGUUCUGUAAUUUUUAAACUUUAAUAUUUUUGUUAUCUGUAACAAACCUUUGUUCCUCGCUGUAAUAAAAAUAAUUAAUAUCACAAAUCUCAAGGGAAUGAUAAUGCAUUUUUUAUAAUAAUAAUGUGGCGCAUAAAAAUGUGAUAAUAUUUUGUAAGUGAUAUUAAAUUAUUAAUUAAUUGAUCUAAUUGGAUAUUGUUUAUUCUAUUGUAUUUAAUCUGUUGACUAAAAUGACACGUCUUUUAGUGCUAUCCUUGUCACUAUUUUCGCUGCAAAAAAGGAUAGCAUUACAUUAUUUAUCAGAGUUGUCAAUUUAGUUCAGAGAUUUUGUACAGUCCGACAAGGAUCUUUUGGUACUUGAAUGACAUUAAAAGGAGGGCGUAGUUGUAAAACAAAAGCUGCCAGCAAAUAAAAUCUCAAGUUUAGGGAAUAUGUUGAAAAUGUCAAUGUUGAAAAUCGAGUAAGUUUUGUCUAAUUUUAACUGAAAGAGAAAUCGGGAAAGCCCUCUAAUUCCACAUUGUUAAAGAAUCAUAAAAACCAUUGAUAGGCCAUGGACUUGCAGCCUAUCAUGUUUAGGUGCUCACAUACUAUAUUUACCUAUUGCUAAAUAUAGCUAUCAUGAUAUAUCGUGAGGGUAUAUUGUAUAUGGAAUGGCUGGAAUAUUUAAAAAAAAAUACUGAAUUUUCAGUUUUUUUACUUAGCAACACCACGUACAAGGGACAGUGUGGCACUUAACAAAAAGUGCGGGUCUUCUCCGUUUGGUCGGAACGGCAUAGCGGGGGUACGGGCCUCGAGGCAUGGCCUCCUUACCCGGGUGAUGGCAUGGCGGUGUGAGUUCCGAUUUUGGCCACGCGCCAAAAAAGCCUUGUCGCACUGUACAACCGGUAUCAAGAUCAUUGUAUAAUCCAUGCAUACUAAUUUGUUACAAUAACGUGUAAUCCCACGUUAGAACUUACUGCAUUUGUUUUUUUUUGUUAUUAAUUAAUCUUAGAUCCACAAUAGUUUAAUCGGAUAAUUUUAACGAAGGAAUUGGAUAAUUUUAAUGAUAUAAUAACGUACUUGAUAUUGUAUAUUAUGCACCCAGCGAUGUAAAUGUAAAAUCCAUGUCUUUGUAUGCACCUAAUAAUAUUUUGAAUUAUUCGAGCACCUUCUAAAUUAAAUCUCUAGUAAUAAACAUGGCUUAUGAAUUUUAUUGUGUGCAUAAUCGUUUUUAUCUCAAAUUUUAUUUAUUUACUAUAAUUUGUAUUAAUAUUAUUUACUUGACACGUUUGACAAUAAAAUAAUUAUGUAGUAUUACUAAAUUAAGUAGUGUAAAAAUAUAAUAUUACUGCAUAACAGUUCUUGUGGUCGUGUUGUAUUUCAAUAAAUUGAAAUGCUGUUA